CUAGAACGAAAAUGCAUUGAUCUUGAUGUAUUAUUGGUACCGCAUCCUCUACAGUGACUUUCGCAUGUGAUUCAGAAUUGCCCAUAUGGAAAAUUGAGAGUCGCCUUCCAUCUCUAUCUCCUCCGUUCUACGUGCGGCCUGCGAUACCGCCAAUUCCCACAUCCGACAUGUCGCAAAAUGUUGCACCUUGGCUGCAAGGCCUCGACGCCGAUAUCACUUGGGACGCUCCGGUCAAGAUCUCAUCUGCUAGUCACGACGCGUCCGCGCUCACCGGACAAGUGGACAUUGCGAACAAUUCUUUACGCCGAGUUUCGCGACGAAGCUCGAAUGGCUCCCGAACGAUGGGCUCGGUCAUGCGAACAUCGGUGCAACGCAAACGCAGCCCUUUGACGGCAAUAAGUGGAAACGACCACGCCGCAGAUUCGGAGAAUUGGGGCACAACAAAACUUGGCGGUGUCGGAUCCGCAUCUACAGCCUCGUCUGGAUCUGUACUACAAUAUGGUACUGUUCAGCAGCGCCCAAAAAGUGCAUCUCCUCCAAAGAAACAGGAAACUUUAGAAUGGAAGAGGAGGCUCAUGCGUGGGCAGCUUGGCUAUGGCGAUCAGACCGAUCUGUUUGGUCCUUCCGGCUUGGAGAAUAUUUUCGCACAACCGCAAGGGGCUGCCGGUGGAACAAGGAGCGAAAACAAAAGCAAAAUGGCGUGGACGGAUCGAAAUGCCAAGCUCGCCAUACCCUCUAGUCCACCUAUCUGGAACGCUCCCUCAGCAAACAGUCGUGAGCAUUGCGAGGAGUCUGUUCACAGGUCCGAGGUCGACCAGGAUAACGUGCAGAGGGCGGAAUUUGAGGACGCAGAUUCACAAGAUCUUAGUAGCGAUCCCUUUGCGAUUGAAUCCUCAUACGAAGCGAGAACACCCCAGCUUGCGUCUACCAACAGCUCCGCCAAACGACGCGCGGGACUUGAGCCACUCGUGUUAGACAACGGUGGCGGAGAUCGCACUGUGAGCGGCCGCACGGAACUCGAGCAGGAGGAUUUCAGUCCAGUGUUUGUUUCCAAGCACACUACAACCGACGGACAAAUCGAUUAUCAAGCAUUCGAUUCACACAAAAUCUCCCAGUUUCAACAGCGAAAGGUGUCUUUGCGACAUUCCGAGCAUUACGCGACCGACGACAACCUCUUCCCGAACAUCGGAGAGGGCACGACUUCUCAACAGGAUGUUCUUGGAUGCAUCUCCAGUGACGAGGCGCAUGCGAAUCCCGACUUGUCCUUAUCGGAGAAUCUUCCUACUGGCACACCAGUCGUGCUACCGUUAGACAGCAACGUGCAGCUGCGGCGAGGUGGUUACUCAAAUCAAGGAUCUUUCAAAGCGCGGCCUUUGAGUUCCUCCAAUUCGGUUGCUGAGUCCGGCGAGAAGGCGGAGCAACACUCCAAAUUACCGACAAUCGCAUUUGUCGAGCCGGAUGCACAGCCGUCAACUCCGUAUCGUGGCUCGAGAACGAUUGAGCAAGCCGGAAAAUCGUCUGGAAGUCCUCUUAAACUUUUCGGCACUCAUGAUACCUUCACCAAUAACAGACUUUUGAGGCGGAUGAGUGAGCUAAACGUCAGUUCGCCUUUCCUUCAAAGUGGCGGUGAUGACAAAGAAAUGGAUGGCUCUGCCCGAAAUGAUACGGCUUCGAAGGACGCCUUGGCCGCUUCCUUCGGGAGCGGCACUCUCGACGAACAUGACUUUGAAGCCGAACUCCCUAUCGCAAGUCUGUCUGGUUCAAGGAUUGAUUUGUGCGAGAGCUCUCCUGGAUCCGAGAUCUCACCACCUGGCAGCAAAGCACCAACGAAUUUCAGGUUCGAGCACAGUCCGAUCGAGAAGCAGGCAUUUCGGCUCCGGAGUAAAAUUCCCAAGCCCCCAAAUAGCAAUCACCCAACGCCAAGGAAGGAACUGAAGACAACGGACAUUUCCCAAGCCGUAAGCAAUGUUGCCUCGAAGCGGGACAUAUUGGUCGACGGGCCUUUGAACGUCACAGCGAACGACGUGUCAAUUGUGAACAUUGUGAUUCAGAAGCCCAUGGAGCCCGGAGUCGGUGCUGGUAAAAGGCCUCCAAAUUCGCCGUGCAAAGAUUCUACACCCAAGCGUCGGCGCACUUUGCACGCGUCCGAGCUGCUUGAUGAUAGCUCGGAAUAUGGUGAAUCUAUCAUCCAACACGCACAAGACAGCGCUCAAAGCCGGAAGAGGAAAGAUGCACGCCAAGGCGACGCGACAAAUAAUGCCCAGCCCGAUGUCCUAGCUUCCCGCAAAUUGCUCCAACCACGUAGUCUCACCCCCAAACAACUACGGAGACAGCAAAUCGAGGCUGAGAUCCGGGAGGUGACCGAGGAUUUCGCCGCCCAGGAGCCGGACACGUUUGAAGCGGUGAUGGAGCAGAUCGAGUCAUCUAUGGCUUCCAACAGUCCUCCUUCGGUCCAACAGCAGGCAAGAACGGUCGCAAAUGAAGUUGCAAAAUUCACACUACGAGUACAAAAAGCGUCCGGCGAUCACGGUGAGCGCAAGCGGUCCGUGACUACUCAAGAUUUUUUUAAUGAGGCCGUGAUGGUCAUGAAGUUGAUUCGCGAAAAGGCAGCGAGGCAAUAUGCUCUCGGGAGUGUUGCCGAGUCUGACCAAGAGCGCAUGAGCAAGAGUCAGAUUGAAGACUACUCGGAUUUGGACAACUCUGCGUUGUCCGUUUCUCGGCCGCCUUCACGCGAAGGUGCCAUUCCCUGGAGGCCACGUACCUCUGAGCAGACGAACGCUAGAGUCAUAAGUCAUCUGCGAAAGUUUCAAGAGUCCGAUGACAAUGAUCCUCUCGCUCCUUCCUUCGCUGAACUGCAGCUCGACGACGAGCAGCAGGAAGAUAAUGAGCAAGAAUCAGAGAUCGUGAUUGAAGACGAAGAAUCUAACAUCCGGAUAAGGGGACCCCAUGUAAAUCAUCCAGAUGAUAUGGUCUCUCCACCGGAAUCUCAGCGCUCACAUCAAGAAGGGACCGACUCAAUUUCUACCAUAGCUUCUGCAACUGUGUCAACAGGAAGAACGCAGCAGACCAGCUCCACACGGAAAUCUGAGAAUGUUGGGACACUGGCCCCCGAUGUGGUUGCGCAUCUGAUUGGGGAACAAGUCGGCAGCAUGACCUAUGACAAACAGCGUCAACAGUGGGUCAAGCUGAAGCAUAGCCCAAAGAAAACUAAGUAUGACCAGGGUAGCUUUCUGGACAUACCGAGCAGCCUGACUGCAAGCGACGAUGACCCAUUUCGAGAGAUAUCAGAUCUUCCGGUCGACGAACAGAAAGAAGAACAGAUUCGCACUGCAAGUUACGAUUUCAAGCGGCAUCUUGACGCGCAUCGAUCCAUCUCGAACAACUUUGCAACCAUGGGCGCAUCGCAACCACCCAAACAAAUUCGCUCUGCGUCUCAGCAGUCGUAUGCAGCGCGCCCUACGACGCGCGACAGUAACAAGUCUCACCACACUUAUACGAUGACGGAUGCAACUCAUCUAACAGCGCUUGCUUCGAGUCAAGCUCCAGCUGUCGAGACCCGCGCCACAUCCUGGGCCAACGACGAUCUUGGACGACCAGAUCAGAGGAAAGCUGGGCAGCAGCAGGUAUUUUAUGAUGAUCUGGAAGACGAAUGGAGUGCGGAUGAGGACGUCGACCAGUCCACUGAGACGCAAGAAGCGAUGCGCGAGGGGCCGUUACCCACCUCAGCAGCAGAUGAAGACUUCGCCAACGAGAGCAAUGACCGAGGUCAUGACGAUGAGGUAGCCACACCAACGUUCUCAAAAACUCAACUGCAACAGAACUUCGACGAUGAGUCCGCUAUCGUUGGCGACGAAUCAAGAUUCGAUGUACUGACUUCACCGAAGCUUCGACAAUCUCCAUCUCUGCCAUCGAUGUCACGGCCUUCGAUGUUGAAGACACAGCCUCGGCAAAUAUCACUGAGGCGGAAGACAUUGACAAGCAGAUUUCAGGUUGAGCAAAGAGAGGAGCACGAAGUGUCCUUCGUCGCGAACCUGCCUGGAGAGAGGACGAUGAGUGUCUCGGUCAGCGUAACGCGGCCUGUGAUCAGCAGUGCCCCUAUGGGGCAGAUCGUUCAGAGCCUCUCCUCACCCAGCAAGCUUGACCCUAGUUUCAUGUUCAGCGAGCUUCCCGAGUUCACAAUCAGCGGCGAGGAAGAGGAGAGGCCGUCAGAGCGACAACUCGCUACUCGGCUCGCGCAACAUGCCGCUGCAGAGGUCAACGAUCGAUAUGCUCUUGCUGUCAAAGAUCUUGUGAAGACCUUGACAGAUGUCCACGAGACUGAGCUCUAUUGGGACGACGUCAAGACACUGAACCUCCACAGCCGCUCGCUGGCCUCUUUGCACGGACUGAGUGAUUUCUGCGGAGGUGUACAAUGCAUGGACGUUUCGAACAACACCUUGAACCACCUCGAUGGGGCUCCAUCUACCAUUCGCAUGCUAUGUGCCCGAAGCAACCAGCUCAGUAACCUGACUAGCUGGAACCAUCUUGCUAAUCUCCAAUACCUCGAUAUCGCAAGCAACCGACUUACCAACCUCAGUGGAAUAGCCGGACUUAUCCACUUACGCGAACUCCGUGCGGACAACAAUGAGGUCGAGAGCCUCGAUGCGUUGCACCAGAUGGAUGGCUUAUUGAAAGUCCGUCUGGGAGGAAACAAACUUGUUUCUGUUGAUUUCACCAACAGCCGCUUGCAGCGUCUCGAAGAAGUUGAUCUCUCUUCCAACCGAAUCACUUCAGUCUAUGGACUCGACAACUUGAUCGCGCUGAACCGCCUCAGACUGGACGGGAACCAGCUAGAUCGCGCGCCCGUCUUGGAGAAGGAUCUGCAGCACAUGCAGACGCUGUCUCUGCGGCAAUGUGGUCUGCAUGAGCUAGAUGUCAGCAGGAUGCCCGGGCUUCGCGUCGUCCAAGUGGACGGUAACUCUCUCCAACGCAUCGAUGGCAUGGAGACUCUCAAAUCAUUGGAUGUGGUCUCGAUUCGAAGCCAAUCCCUAGAUGAAAACGUGACCAUCGCGAUUCUCGAACAGGCCAAUCACGCACGCACCAUCAACCUCUCAGGCAACGACAUUUCGACCCUUUCGGGCCUGGUACCGCUGCUCAGCCUUCAGCACCUCGAAAUGGCUUCAGUCGGCCUGCAAGUCCUCCCAGAUGAUUUCGGCAUCCGCCUGCCCAACCUCAAGACGCUCAACCUCAACUUCAACGCCCUCCGGGACAUCCGCCCGCUCCUCAACAUCCAGCGCCUGGAACGACUCGAACUCUGCGGGAACCGCCUGGGUCGUCUCCGCAAGAGCAUCGCCACCCUCUCCCGCCUGCCGACCCUCCGCACUCUCGAUCUCCGGGACAAUCCUCUCACGCAGGGCUUCUACGCCGCCCACGGCACCGUCGCCUCGACGUCUCCACCGUCCCAGCCGCCGUCGAGCAUCGUUCCGCGGUCAUCGCACGCCCAGUCCUUCGGGCCCGAAGAUGUCCGGGACGAAGAACAUACUCUCGAAGCGACCGCCGCGGCCAAGUUCCGAUUGCCCCCCGCCGACCCCGCGGCCGACAGACAUCAUCACGCUCGCCUCGACGCCGAGACGAAACUGAGGCGACGCGUGCAUCAGGUGCUCCUGGCGACCAGCUCUCGGGACCUGACGCAGGCGGACGGCUUGCCAUUCGACAAGGAGAGUGCGAUGGUCAAGGACGAGAUUUGGACGCGGUUGAUGGAGUUGGGAAUCGUGAGGAAAUCAGGUCAAGUCGCGUCGGAGGCGUGA